AUGGCGGCUUCGUCUCUAAAUCAUCACAUUAGGGUAGAUACGAAAAUUUGGAGAUUGUGCGCGGAACCAUUUCUCUUCACUCCAUUGGUUAACUCUCGUGUAUACUAUUUUCCUGAGGGACAUGGGCUACACUCAGGUGGUGAAGAUGUCACGCCAAGUUUAAUGACCGAACUUCAUCCUUCGUCUCACUUAUGUGAGAUUGUUACCAUUGAUUAUCUUGCCGAUGCAGAGUCGGAAGAAUUCUUCUUACAACUCACUCUUAAACCAGUAGUUCAUAUUGAUCAUCAAGAACCUAUCUUGGAAGAUGGAAACAUAGGCGUUGAGGGUGUAGUUUUAAAACUACUAACACCUACCGACGUCAACACGGAACUGAGGCUCCCCACUAACGGAAAUGAUGUAUUUUCAGAUCAUGUUGGCAAUGACGGGGACUCCAAUACUUGUGUAGAGGUUUGCGUGAAAGAUCUUCGCAACACCAAUUGGCGUUUCCACCAUAUCCAUCAACAGAUAAACCGACGUUAUGUACUUUCGGCUGGCUGGAGAAACUUCAUUAAAGAAAAAAAGCUAGUCGUUGAUGACUCUGUAAUUUUUCUGAAAAAAUCAGAUCGAACUAUAUUCGUAGGAAUACGAAGAAAGAGCAAUAUCGCUGCAAAGACUGCUUCAGAGAAAAUUAAAAUCAAAAAUGAUCAAAUUUUUGAUCAAAUUCGCGUAAACUCGCAUAACGUCAUGAAGGUGUUAACUCAUAUUGUUAAUCUCGAGCCAUUUGAAGUUCAAUUUUAUCCCGGCUUUUGCGAUUUCUUAGUGGAUCCAAACUAUAUUGAAGCAAGUAGACAGGUGGUCUGGUUUGAAGGAAUGCGGGUUACUUAUCGUAGGAAAGAUCAAACUUCCAUCACUGGUAGGAUUGUUCAAGUGUAUUCUCAGCCCAAUCAGCCCAACGACAUUCGUUGGGGAAUGUUAAAGAUGGAAUGGGAAGAUGGUCGAAUCGGGGAUCCUGCCGCUGUUAGUCCCUGGGAAGUUCAAGUAAUUCCAGAGGAUGUUUAG